AUGUAUCGGUAUGUAAAUUCUGUAAGAAUGAUAAUUAUUGACGUCAGGCUUUUAUAGGGUUAAGAUGAAUGUGAUGAAAUCGCUCAGUAAGAAGUCCACUGCUUUCGAGUUAAUUUGCCAGACGACGCAAACUACAGUCCGCGUUUGCACCAGCGCACCGAGUUUGCGAGCUCCUUCCUAGGUAUUCGAUUCUGCACGUAUCUAACGACCUAACGCUCUCAAAACUGUCCAUUGGAUUUUUUUGCAAAUUUUAUUACUUAAAUACAUAUUGGGUUUUAAGGGUGACUGAUAAAAUAAAAAAGUUAAGUGGUGUUCUGUGAAAAAUGGUACAUUUUACUAAAGCGUCUUGUGAAGAUGAGCACCUGAGGAGAUUUUACACAUCGUCUUGGCAACAGAGUGAUUCGCCGUUAGCAUUGCUAGUGUUGCGGGCCUUGGAGUCUACUUUGGCCCUGGGGAUAUUAUUGUGGUCUUUGAUUGAAGCUGCGGUGCCUCAAUGGAUCGUCUAUCUCACUACUUGGGGUAUAAUACUGGUUUUUGCCAUGGGGGCCAGCGGCCUCAUCGUAUCAAUAUGUGCAUUGAAAAAGAAGCUCCCGGAGGUAGGCAAGCCACCGUGGUAUGUGAUGAUGUACUGGGUACUUUUUAACAUAUCCGUCACUUUGGCUAUCCUUGUAACGAUGCUCUAUUGGAGGUUGCUAUCCAAAAAUGCUAGUAAAUACAGCAUUCAUGAACGGUAUUUCUGGUUGGAAACUUCAUUGCACGGGUUUAAUGCAGUGAUAGUUCUGAUCGAGUUAUUUGCAUCUCGGACUCCAGUGCGUUUAGCACACAUAUACCAGCCUCUCCUUCUGGGUGUCGUGUACGCUAUAUUUUCCAAAAUAUAUCAGGAGGCUGGGGGCACUGGCGCAUAUAGUGAGCCCUAUAUCUACAAGUUCCUGGACUGGAGCGAGCCGCGGAGCUCGUUCAUGAUGACAAUUGGGACUGCAAUAAUAACAAUCUUUUUAUACGUGAUUCUGUGGGCAUUCGCUUUUGCCCGGGACUUGCUGAGUCAUGUUUGCUGCUCUACUAGACACCGGACAGUCGAACACAGCGUACCUAUUUAACUAUCACCCAAC